CCCCCCCCCCCGCCGUCCCCCAAUUCCUCCUUCCCCAGCCUGGUGGCUUCCUACCGGACUCCCAUUUACGAGCCGACGCCGAUCCACCCGGCCUUCUCGCACCCCCUGACUGCCGCCACCUACGGGAGUGGCCCCUACGGCGCUGCGCCCGGGGCGCCGCUCUACCCGUUUCCUCGCGCGGUCGGCGAUUACUCGCACGCCCUCCUCCGCCACGACCCUCUGGGAAAGCCGCUACUCUGGAGCCCCUUCAUGCAGAGGCCACUGCACAAGCGGAAAGGAGGCCAAGUGCGGUUUUCCAACGACCAAACCAUCGAGCUGGAGAAGAAGUUCGAGACGCAAAAAUACCUCUCUCCGCCGGAACGGAAGCGCCUGGCUAAGAUGCUGCAGCUCAGCGAGAGGCAGGUUAAAACAUGGUUCCAAAAUCGGCGGGCAAAAUGGAGGCGCCUAAAGCAGGAGACCCCUCAAGUCAACAAAAAAGAAGAGUCAGAAAGUGGAGAAAGUCUUCAGAGUUCCAAACAAGAAAGUUGUUUGAGUCCUGAGCUGGAUAAGGGAGCUUCUCCAACCAGACCACAAUAUACCCCCUCACCUGUCUCCCAGGAAGAGUUGGAUUCAGACAUCUCAGAUGAUUCAGAUCAAGAGGUGGACAUUGAGGGGGACAAAGGCUAUUUCAAUAGUCCCCAUCUGUAGCACUUGAAGAUGGACUUUCCCUCUGUUUGCACUUUAAGAGGAACUGACUUGACAAAAAAAUCAGUGCUACAAAAGAAAGGGUUUGUCCCUUCUCUUUCAGUUGGAGGGAAAGAGAGGGAAGGAAUAACAAACUUUGUAAAUAAUUGUCAUUGUGUUUGUUCAGACAAUCCAUUUGAUAAAGGAGUAGAUCCCUUCAUGACUGGAAGGGAGUCCAUUUCCAUUCCUAUAUUUGUAUUGGGAUUGAUUUUAUAUCCUACCCCAGAAUGCUGCAUUCUCCUCCAUGAAUUCAAACACGAAGAUCCUUAGUCCACAGAAAAAAACAAUCACAACAGGGAGAGAAAACAUGAAAAAGGAAUUUUCUGAUGUCUCAAGGAGAAUUUUAGUUCUUGGGAUGCAUCCUUUCGCAAAGAUGUCACGAAUGUAGUGGAAUGCAGAAUGAAAUCGAAGUUUUGCAUGGGUCAUGGGAAUGUCCUUCAUGAAAACAGAGUGGAAUAGCACAUUCCAUUAAAAUAACCUUCCCUGAUGUAUGGAAAACAAUGUAAGAGACAUUUACUAGGUGUGUAGCAAGUUCUUAAAUAAUAGGAAUAACAGUGGGAGAAGGAAAAGGAACUUCAUUUUGGCAUAUUUUCUGCAACGAGAAUGGGUUGAUUUGAGAUACGAGUGAUCUAAGGAACUGUGCAUUGGGCUAUAAUAUCCACACUCAUCAGUCUGUGGAGAUUGAAGUCCAUGGGUGGAAGGGAGGAGCUUUAUGGUUAUGUUCACUCAUCAUGCUUAGUCAUAAUGUGGGUUUUUGGUUUGUAGAUCAUAGUUUGUGGGUUUGUUUUUUAUGUAAAUCAAGCCACUGUAGUUAUUCAAGAACCCAUGGCUAAAAACAUGCCUUAGAAUGAACUAUGGAUCCAGAUUGUAUGAAAAGAUUCUAGCUGUGUAUUCUGGCUCAGGAACAAGAGAGAAUCGUGGGAAGGAUGUAUUCACCAAGACAUAAUGUAGUAUGUUUCCUUUUAGCUUAGUGUGAUCAUAAGUCAUACUAUAAUGUCGUGUAUGAUCCAGAUCAUUAGAGCAUGUUCAAAAUCCUGGCUGGGUUUGCCUACUUAUUUGUGGCUUAGAAUGUUACAUUAACACAGCCAGUGUGGUUUUUAUAGCAUAGUUUACAUGUUGUAUAGUUUCAGUAAACAAUGGCCAAAGAAUGCCAGAGACCAACAGACACUAACUUAGCUUUCCCCAACCUGCUACUCUCCAGAUGUGUUGGCCUAUAGCGACAACUGUCCCUAAACCACUUCUAUAGCCCAAGACAUCUGAUGGGCACCAGAUUAAGGAAGGCUACAGAGGACAGUACAAAGGAAAUACUGUAUUACUGUGCACCUCCACCAGGUUGCUGUCUUUUCAACUAACACUAUUAUAGUUUUAAACUUGUCUACUCAGACAUAAGCCCCAUUAUGUUUAGUGGGAUUUAUUUCCCAGAUGUAUAUAAAAUCGCAGACCAUUUUUUAAAAAAACUACAGUAAACAGUUCAUUUUAAUGCAUUUUUAAAAUGUUCUUAUAUGUAUGCGUAUAUAUGUGCAUCUGUAUGUUCAUAAGGAUGGGGACUAAAAAUUUUAAUGCAUUAGGUUACUUGCCCUUUACGUUCUGCUAAUCGUUUUUAUAUAAGGAUCUGUUGUGUUUAAGUAGAGCUUGCGUGCUAAUUACGUUUUGAGGGUCAGAAGGAGCCAUGUGCACUACUAAGGCUAAGAAAUGUCUACAUGAAAACUUUAAUGAGAUUGCCUUUGUAAAUGUGAUGGUCUGUUACCUCUCUCCUGCCUGGACCUAUUUGCUCUGCAUUUUAGAGAGUCUGGCUCAGAAAGAAGGUAUCCUCAAGUUGAAUUUUAUUCUGCUAACUGCACCCAUGCAGGUUUCUAGGCAAUGUUACUGAAAUGGUUUGCCAUUCCCUUCUUCUGGAAUGAUUUUUCAACUUCUACCCAGCAGUGAUGGAAUUCUCAGGCAGGCUGCAAGCAAAAUCCAUACCUAGUUGAAGAUUAUGAAACUAUCUUAUGGAUAGAUAGAAAGAUGUUGGAGAGAAAUUUGUGGCAAAUGCAUUUAGGAGUUGCCUUGACCAAGUGAUACUGCUAAGCCAUAAAACAUUUACACAUGGCAAUUAUGCCCAUGAAUUCUGGCAUCUUGAUUGAAGGGGACUGCAAAAAAAGAGAUUGCAUAUGGCCCUGGGACCACUGUGAGUUGUGUGAACCACAGUUUUUAAACUAUGGUUCUAUGGCCAAGGUAAACAACCUGCAUCCUGCAAAUGGUCCCCAUUGGUGGUGCACUGCAUGUGGGGGCCCAGCACUCCUUUUGCAGCCUCCCCAUGCCUUGGAAUUGCACUGCUGAAAUUUGGUGGCAGAAUAGGAAUUUUCAGUGGUGCAGUUUUCCCCCCUCCGAAAUACAGGGUGGGAAUGGAGUAGGAGGCAAACUCUGCCCAUUUUCCCUAUUAAAAAGUUCCCAACCCACUAACAUGUUCUGAAAUCAUGCUCUAAAAUUAGGCAAUUUUUCUGCCUACAGUUUUGAGCCAUUUGAGAAAGUUAGGGUAGCAGAAGCUAGAAAUAGGAGUAGUUUGCCUCCUGGAGGCUGCCAAUUCUCAUUGCCUAAAAAACAGGCCAUUCUUUUGUUUCAGGGGGGUUUAAGAGCAAGAAUAGAGCAGUUUGGUUUUCAGAGUUCUCCUGUCCAUAUUCCUACUCUUAAGCCCCCCUCCAAACACCAAAAAAGGGACUGAAAAAAAAUAAUCUUGUUACCGGGCAGCCUCCUGCAGUCAUCCAAAAAGUUGGGGGCUGAGAUGGGGCCUCACUGCUUAAAGUUUGCCCGCUCCUGAUUCGUGGCUUAGCUCAGCAAUACACAUCCUCCCCAUCCCAAAUAUGACAGCUGCUCAACAUUAGCAAAAAUUCAAUCUUGAAUUGUCAAGCAGUGCUUUGUCUGUCACAUGAAAACGAAAAGUCUGCAUCUCUUUGUACCUGUUGUACAGUGAAUAAAAUAAAAUAGAAGGAAAUCUACUAUGCAGAGCAAAAGGUGUGGGCAAGAAGUGAAGGUUUACUGUUUUAUGUUUAGUAGCUCCAAGUUCUUGGAAUUCAAAAAACUGUAAGCCUUCAUGUUCUAGACAUAGAUUCCAGACUAUGUACAAAAUCCUAAGCCUUUGUAACAUAUCAACAUGGUUAUGUACACUGUCAUCUUCUCACCUACUGUCUGGAUAGGGUGACCCUUUAACGAAGUUCCUAAGUUUAUCUGAGGCUAUGUGUGUUGUUCAGAUUUGUAGUAGCCACAAUUGUUGGUUUGCAAGAACUGGAAUUGGAAAUAAAGGCUAGUCAUUAGUUCAAAUUCUAAUUUCUGCAAACCAAGAAUGUGUUGAUGUGAUAUGUAUAACUUGAAUUAAAACUUGCAACCGUGGGCAGGUGGCAAGUGACACUGUCUGCAUCACGAUAUCACACGAAUGAUGCAGAACGUUGUUCACAUCAUUUGCACAAAGAUGAUAUGCAUGACAUCAUGACUUGUACUGAACACCUGCGCUUUCAGCUUAAAGGAUCAUCUGCAAUAGGGAGUAAGAUUACAAUGCACUUAUUCCUCUUAACUUGCUACAGAAACGUAGCAUGUUAUAUGGCCAUAGCCAUAGAGUAAGACGAGAAAUACUGUGUUUUUAUCCCUCCUGCUGCUGUUUCUGUUGUGUAGUUGUUACAUUUUUAUUUUGUUUAACAGAGAAUCAUAUCAAUACUUUUGGAUUAACUUGUGAAAUAAAACUGGGCCAGUGCCCACCCCGGGCAA